AAACAUUAUUUUUUUAUCAUAUUCUUUUUAGGGUUCUACCUCUUCUCUGUUAGGAAACAAAAGCACUUUAAACCGAGAUUUAAACUAUUCUCCGUACCUAUAUAUAUUCCAUUGAGUUCAUAUUUCUCAUUUCGAGCAGAUUUGAGAACUUCGAGCAGUUGCAAAAAUGUUUACUAAACGCACCGCUUUAACCUCAAGCCGGUAUGGAACCAUUCAAAUAUUACAUAACGCGGAAUUCGGCAAUUUUCAAUACCCACCCACCCCCAUGUAACGCAAUUUUACAUGUUGGCCACAUGCAAUAUAACGCUCCGCUGAAUACCCUUCCAACCCCUUAGAGCGUUAUGUAUUAUUUGAAUGAUCCCUAUUUUGAUUUAUAAUGUUUACUUUUUUAUUAGAAGGCUGCGUGUUGCUACUAGAACGGUUGUAAAUUUCUAAAUCCUCAAUCAUUAUUACUUUACUUUAAUAGUUACCUAUAAUGUUGGUUUCAAUGGAACAUCUCUCCAGAAAACGUGAUUUGAUUUAAUAAUGAUAAUAGAAGCAAAGAAAUAUGAAACAACGUCCACAGUUUGUUCAUAAACCAAAACCCUUUACCCCGGGUUAUUUGGCCAGUAUCGACCCACUUCCGGUGCGGUCCGCUUCGGGUGCUGUCAAAUUUGUUGGAACAUUCACUGGCCUAUCGGUGGAGGUGAAUGAUCCGGAAGCUAUCAAGCAGCUUGCGUUGGCCGGCUGUUUCGGACAAGGCACUCGGUCUCGAUCGUUUCCCGCUUCUAUUCACACUUCCCAUGUGGAAACGGUGCUAGAGCGGCAACUAGAAAGACGUCACGAAUGGCAGCAGAAAUAUAACUUCCAUAGUCGCAAUGAAAGUGGAAAAGAACUGCGAGUGAUAGGAGAGGAAGUAGAGGAAAUGCUGAGCAAUGGAACUCUUCAUUUCAGAGAGCUUGAAGAGGAUCAUGCGAAGCAUGAAAUUGAUCCUUUUUCGGUUACCGAAAACCUUAGUUUGCUGUUAGAAGAAACGAUAUUUCUUGCGGAGAAAUUGAAUUGUCUUGAGGUGAAAUCAUUGGAUGGCGAGGUUUUGACCACCGAUCGGCUACUGGUCACAUUUUGUUCACUCAAAAAGAAUUUUCUGUCAUCAUAUGUUUCAUACCUUUACUUGAGAUCGAAAAACUGGAUCGUCAAAAGUGGACUGAAGUUCGGAGGCGAUUUCCUCCUUUACAAAAAAGGUCCACAGUAUUUCCAUGCUUCCUUCAUUGUCCUAAUUCAACCGUAUCAGAACGGUCAAAAGAUGUCCGAAGAAGAGCAUUAUCUAGAUAAUUACGACUUCCAAUGUUUUAAUAGAAUAGCUGAAACUACCGCCAAGGAAUUACUAAUAUUGGAAGUUCACUACCCUACUGAUGUAGAUGCAGCUGAUCCCAAAGCGUGCUUGGGACAAUUGCAGCAUUUCAAAGUUAGUGAAACAUUCCCGAAGCAUUUUAACCUAUCUGUGCUUCGCAGCAAUCAGUAAAAAGCCGUGAAUAAACUUUAAACUCUAUUGAUCCGUAACAAA